UGUCUUUUCUGUUUACCUGCAGAUUGUGACUGUUUCUCUUGUGGCAUCUGUGUGGAAAGUGCCACACACGCUCCAGAACAACAACGGCUUUUGCUUGCAUUUUCCAGUGUUUUCUUUGUCAGCAAGUUCAGCAACAUUGUAAUUCAAGUGCCAGCCCUGAGCUGAGUGAGGAGCCACCGGCUGAGAUGGUAAAAAUGACAAAAUCAAAAACAUUCCAAGCUUACCUUCCAAACUGCCACCGAACCUACAGCUGUAUCCACUGCAGAGCCCACCUAGCCAAUCAUGAUGAAUUGAUUUCCAAGUCUUUUCAGGGAAGCCAGGGAAGAGCCUACCUCUUUAAUUCUGUUGUAAAUGUGGGAUGUGGUCCAGCAGAAGAGAGAGUUCUUUUGACCGGUUUACAUGCUGUUGCAGAUAUCUAUUGUGAAAACUGUAAAACUACUCUUGGAUGGAAAUAUGAACAUGCAUUUGAGAGCAGUCAGAAAUACAAAGAAGGAAAAUUUAUCAUUGAACUUGCGCAUAUGAUCAAAGACAAUGGCUGGGAGUAAAUUAAAAGCAUUUUUUUCCACUCUUUUUGGACAAUAUUCUGAGGAACAUGCUUUAUAAAGACUAAUACAAGUGAAAAGAUUUUGACUGAGAUGGCUCUGAGAAUAUCACUGAACUUUAAAACCUCACAAAUGUAUGGUUUGUGUAUCUUUCAGGCCAUAUUUGCCUUUUUUCUCCUUGUGUAAAUUUCCUCUUUUUGUAUAUGUAUUCUUGUGUGAACAGUUGUUUUGGAACAUUUUGGAUGACUUUUUUCAAAAAUCUCAAAUUCUAGAGAGACAGUUCACUAACUGCAAAUGAAUUUUACUGGUUAGCAUCUUUAUUUGACCUAUGCCUUUAAUGCUACCUUCUGCUGUGCAUGCUUUUUGCCUAAACACCUACACCAAAUCUGAUGAGUAAUCCUGAAGAAUGUAUGGGCUGGGGUAUCUUUUUAUAUGUAGCAAUUUCUGGUAUCUCUGGGUGUGAAGGGAUGCAGUAUUUGAGUAUUCAUUAAUUGCUUUUUAAAAUUUGUGAGUACCAUAAUUUGUGUAUAUCUUGCAGGCAAGUAAGUUAAAGGUACAGUUCACAUUUGGAAUUCUUUUGGUUAUACUGAGUCAAUUUAGUACAUCUUAAGUUUUGCAAAGAAUACAUUAAUAGUUCGGUAUUUUUAGUGCAACUAAUUUUCAAGGGAUACUAAGGUAGUGACACUAGAGAAUAUAUUUAACACAAUUACAUUCCUUAUCCAGCAAACUUGUAUCUUGAAGGGAGAAGUUGACAACAUUACAACCUGCAAAUUCAAAGGGCCCAAAAAUAUCUGCAUCUUGUAUUUAUAAAAAAUUAGUGUAAAAAAGUUUUGGUAAUGUACCUUUUAACAGUAACAGGGACUUGUGCAUCAGUGAAGUUUUAUGGCUGGUUCCAUGUAGCUAUGUAGUCUAAUGCACUGGACAAAGAGGUUGUUAUAAAGAAAAUUCACUGAAACAUUCUGCUUUUGCUACACUUUAACAAAAAUAGUUAUUUUUAUGUAACAAGAGGCCAGAACUUACGAGAUUGAAAUUUAUAACCGUACCUGCAGAAGAGUGAGUGUUGAUGGGUGGGCAGGAAAUUGUGACAACUCAAUUUCUUCAUAAAAUAGAAUAACAAGAUAAUUAAAAAAAGAAAAGGGGGCUUGUUGGUUUGCUGGAUAAAUCAUCCCCAAAGACAUUUUCAUAACAAAAUUUAUAUAAAGCUCACAUUCUUUCUGGUUUUUUUGGGGGGACGGACCUUGCAGCUUCUUCUUACUUGAAAUAACUUAGUAAGAAAAGCUUCUGUGGAUGUGUAGCUACAAAAUUUACUAUUGAGUUCCCUGCAUGCACUUUCAGAGAGGUUUUUAAAAAAAAAAACCCUUCUCUUAUAUUAUUUGCUAACUCUGUUAUCAAAUGAAAAAUAUUUGUGGAGGGCCUUUUGUAUUUGGCUCCCUUAAUGCUUGAGGACAGAGCAGUUGGGAAUGCCUUUUACAUUAACUAACACUACAUAAGUACUGAGAUGAAAUUAACAGUAUGAAAGUCUUAUUAUAGAACAGAAGUUAGUUUUCUUUUAAUAACCAUUUUAACAUGGCAUUUGUGAAAUUUGCAUUAUGUGCCAUUGCUGCUGCUAUUACAUUUUGGAUAAAUCUGUGACAGGCUUUCAAAAUUCUACUGCACUUUAUUACCACACAUAAUUCAUUUACAAACAUGCAAUAGUUAGGAGCAAAUCAGAAGUUGUACAUCAGGAACUGUGAUGAUAAACCUAUAGAUCCUAUAUUUUAAAAAGUACUAGGUCUUAAAUUCAAGGAACUGGUCCAGUAUAGUUGUGUCCAAGGUGGAUUUUUGUGGAUUGGCUAAUAUUGCUCUUCCAUAAUCAAAAAUUAGAUUGGACUCAGGUGUUCCCUUUAUCUGAAUGUCACGGGCACAAGAUGGUCAUCUGGUGCUGCCCAUCUGUUCAAUCUGAAAGAACCCAAAAUUCUAUUUUGUUUGGAUUAUUUUUCAGUCUUCCUCUACUGUAAUGUCCAUUGCCAACAAUGAAAGCACUGAAAUAGCCAUGAGUAAGGAGUUUGUGUUGGCUUCAAAGCCUAAAAGUAACACACACAGAGGUAUUUAUAGGAAAUUCAUACUUUUCUUGUUGGAUAUUUAUGGACUCAAAGAGAAUUACAUGUACGUUGAAGAGAAAACUACCCCCCCAUCCUUCGCUAUAAAAAUGAUAGUACAAAUUUAGAGUUAAUGUUUUCUUUUUAACAGAGGGAGAACAAUCUAGAAUAAUAUUUUAAAUAGUGGAUUUGGAUGUUUCAUACCAAUGAGAUUUAAAAAAAAAAAAAAAACUAGAAGAAAUCUUAUUUAGAGUCUCAACCUCUUUUUUCAGUGCAUUAUUUCUUUGUAUUUCAUACUGGACAUUUUCACCAAAAUCUUAAUUACCCUCAGUGCCAAAGGUUGGGAUUUCAUUAAGUGUUUAGCACCUAAACUUCAAUUACUGGCAUAAGGAAUUAUUGUGAAUUUCAUAUGAUGUUAUGGCUUUUAAGAGAACCAAAUAAAGAAAUACUCUUAUUGGUCUUUUGAGGGUAAAGGGAGGCUAAAAGGUAGUGGAGACACAGAGCUAUAACAAAUAAAAAUUCCAACACACUGCUAUGCUCAGUAUGAUAUCUGGGAGUAUGUGAACCUUUUUUUCUUAUUGCUUGACAUUAUCAGUUAUUCUUUGAAAUAAUUCUCCCAGUGUAUAGACGUGGAGAGUUAUGCCUAAUGGUUUUGGUGGAAGUUGGUUCCAGAUACCAGUGGCUGCUGGUUGACGACUGAAAUUUCCAGCAGAAUAUAUUAAAAAGAAAAAACUUACUUGAAGAUAAUUCUAUAAAGCAUUUUCCCUCUAACUUUUUAUGUAAUAUAUUAAGAUUAUAUUUAAAGUGUUUGUGUGUUCAUUCUGAGCAAGUUUACUUCCUCUCCCACUUGAGCACUUUUGUUACUUGUACUGGUUAUUGUUAUUGUUGGUCUUAACAUUUAUUUUGUAUUUUUUAUAAACUUUAACAAAAAGAUUUGGUGAAUUCUUUUAUUUCAUGCUAGCUCUUUCUUGGGCCAAAUGAACCAAUUACGAGCUGGCUUCUUGGAAGGAGUGUUCAUUGGAUACAUAAGAAUAUGCUAGCAAAAAUAUACAUGUAUAGAAAGGAUAUUCUUUUGAACCUAUAAAAGCUAUCUAUGACUGUCCUAAAAUAAUUAAUCAUCAGAAUUUUACAUGAUUUUGGAAUCUGACAGAUUCUUCAUUAUCUAGGCUCUAAUUAGUGACUGUAAACAUGUGUUGCAGUUGUGAGUCUGCUUCAAGUGCCAACAUUUUUUCAUUCCAUAACAACUAUAGACACCUUUGGCUACGUCUAGACUACAAUGAUCUCUCAGAAAAAGGUACGCAAAACGUGCUCCACAAUUUGUGUACCUUUUUCCAAUGGUUUUUUUUGGAUGAGGCUUUUCCGAAAUUCAGCCCAUUUACACUGGGCCAAAUUUUGGAAAAGCCUCCUCUUUUGGAAGAGCCCUUCUUCCUCAUGGGAGGAGAAAGACAGGGCUUCCAGAAGAUCAGACGGUAUCUCAGAAAAACCCCAUCGUGUAGACAUAGCCUGUUUAAACAGCAAAAAGCAAUACUGUUAUUAACAAAAUGUUAAGUUGCAAAAUUUCCUGUAAACUUUCUGACAUACUUAGGGUGGACUUGAUGAUACAUUAGCCUAACCAC